AUGUUUUCUCACAUCACCGCCCUCGCCAAAUCUCCGAAACUCUCCAAGGCUACCAGUCUGAGCUCCCACAGUGCACCCUAUGGCGCUCGAUCAGGAGACCAGCUGACAAGCGAUUCCUCCUUUGCUUCGAUAGAUGGCGAGGCUCGUCAUAAGGCUCGCCACGCCGAAAGCCAUUUCAACAGUGAGCUCGAAACUUUGCGUCAGCACAACGCGGAGGAACCAUCAACAGCCCGUUACUCGGGCCGGUUACGUGCCAACUCGGCUCAGACCAUCAACUCGAUCCUCACCAGCUCGACUCACACCACCAACACCAACUCCGCAACUUCCCCAGGCGUCUUCCAGCCGGGCUUUGGCAUCCCAGCCAACACUCGACCAGACUCCAUGGCUAGUCAGAGCUCAUCCAUCAGCUAUCUACCCAAGUCAGGCACGCGGGUAUUAAUAUCCCCCUUUUCGCAAUCCAAUCAUUCCAAAGACUCCUCGGGUCUACUAUCCAAAGGCCGUUCCACACCCCCUCCUGCGCGACGCCGAUUCCGGACUCUCUCCAAUGCCUCUUUUUCCAUGCGACGAGAGCGAUCGGCCCAACAGCCACAGCAGCUAGAAGUUCAGCUUCAUCGGCAGCAUGAGCAGCGGCAACGGCAGCAGCAGCAGCAGCAGCAGCAGCAACAACAACGACAUCGCCGAGCACACACAGAUCAAAUAUCUACUGACAACUCUGGCCAGCAGCAGCUGGAAGAGCACCUGCUUUCAAGGCCAACAUCGGCUUCAAACUAUCAAGAUGUCCCCCGAAAGGCUCAUCUUCCCGGCCGGAGUACAUCCCAGAAUCACGACAGCCGGCCACCACCUUCGGCUGAAAGAGGCCCUCGGAACGAGCGGCGUCAUAGCUCUAUUCCGCGCCCUGUUCCCACCCCUCUGAAGAUUACCAGCCACUCCUUUACCACCAGUCUCCCGGAAUCCGCUCACACAUCUCGAUCAACUCCUAACUCUCGACCUCGCGGUAGUGAUCUGUUCUCUGCAUCAGGACCGCUGCCCUCAGAGCUUUCAUCCUUUGGUUCCGCCCAAUCACAGCCCCAGAAGCGUUGGUCGAUAGUUGAUACCCACAUUGGCAGUCACCAAGCUCCGUUGGCUCCUACCGACGCUCGACCAAAUCCUGGAAGAGCAGCCCAUUCCUUGACCCGUGUCGCGACUACUUCCUUGGCAGUCCCAACAGGUAGAAGACAUAUCAAGCAGAAGGCAUCGUCCCCGGAACGUCCUCAUCCAUCUCGCCGCCAAUCAACCACUCCGAUUGCAUCUCAAGAGGUUCGAGUGCGACCAGAGUCUCUUAUAAACCCGAGCAACUUUCCGACUGAGGCACCAGCGGGCUUCAAAUUCAAUCCAACGAUGAUUGAUGAACACACGCACGCAAGCCAACAACCCCAAAUCCCCAUACGCCAGGAGUCCCCUGAGGAAUUGAUCCAAUACCUCGAGCGGCUGAUAGGAUAUGAUGAACUUCGGUUGCUCACGCAUGUUGACAAACUACUCCACCAGUGCAUGUAUACUUUUCUCGAAAGUGAAUCAACCAAGCAAGUGCCUCAAGAUAGUACUCAUCCGAACCGGAGGUCGAUUGGUAACGGAAUAUUGGGACGUCUGGGAUGGAAAAACAAGAAAGGGACAUCCACUCCGGAGCCUCUAUCCCGAAGUAAAUCGAAUCCGCGAGCCGAAUACCUCGCUGAAGAUAGGAGAGCUACGUUCGGUUUAUGGGCCGGCGCCCCGACGCGCCCUGUCAAGGGCGGCGUAUUUGGGUCUUCCUUGGAAGACGGUGAUACUUUCAGCUGCGUGACGGUCAUUGGAGGUCACAAGCAUCUCAUACCAAUUGUAAUAUUCUCGCUGGUUGAGGAGAUCUAUGCUCGUGGGAUGGAAACACCUGGUUUUAUGCGGAUUGCCGGGAAGGCAGAGAAAAUUGACGCCCUUGCUGAUGCGUUCGAACAUGCGCCAUUGAAUAGAGACGGGGUAGACCUUGCCUCGGAGGAUAUUCACGUUCUUUGCAGCUUGUUCAAGCGUUAUUUGAGGGCCUUGCCUGAACCCCUCAUGUCUAGAGAGCUCUUUCACAUUCUUUGGUCAUUUUGUGUAAGGCAACGCAAGUCAACAAACCCGGGACACCUCAAGAGCACGAUAGCGGCUGCACAAUGUAUCAUGCGACUGAUGCCUCCCCGGUCGUUUAGCCUCCUCAUCUACGUUGUCGCCUUCCUAUCGCAAAUCCCUCUGUUCCCGCAAUGCAAAUUCAGCUCUACCGGGAUAGCGAAGAUUUUCGGCCCGGCGCUCUUUGCAAGCAGGACCCAAAGGAACCCGGCCUCGGAUGAACGGCCGAUCCAGGCUUUAAAAUGGGUGUUGGAAAACUGGAAUAUGCUUACUGACGGCUUGUUAAACGAGCAUUUCACUGUGAACUUCUCUGAAUCGCCACCUCCAAUGGCAGCUUCGACCCAAACCACUUGCGUCUCAGAACCCAGCUCUCCAGAGCCCUCCUACCCAUCCCCGAUAGGAACCCCCAUGGCCGGUCAAGAUGUCACCCCCCCUGAACUCCAAUCCCCGGAAGAGCUGGCAACAGACGAUGCUCUCGAGCCGACAUCUGCUAAUUCGAGAAGACUUCUCGAAUGGCGCUCCCAUUCUCAGCUCAGGAAAUCCAACAGCUCUGCCCAACACAUAGUUGAUCGCUACGAAGCUCAUGAGAAGAAUUUCCCUAUGACAGACGACCAGGUUAGACAUCUCAAACAAGAGACUUUGGACUCACUGGAUGAGAUUACUGUUAGCAAACGCCCGCAAGAAGUUGUCUCACAUAGUCCUAUCAUCGAAUUCGAGGUGUUGCCCAAUAUCGCCGAAGUCACUACUGAGACGCAGGUGACCUUUAGUAGCGGCGAUGAUCAUCCACAUCCCGAACAACCUACCCCGGACAUUGUUGGCGAAACCUUCAGUCGCCAAAGUUUAAUCGAAGGAGAAGACAAACCAGGGUCGAAGUCGACGCGAACACAGAUACUAGUGCUCAAUGAACCAUUUGAACCCACUUCAGGAAUGACGAAGCCGAUAGCUGACAGCUUGACAGUGCCCGAAUAUAAGCCAGAUAUCCGUGCGGUGAAAGGCCAGUCAGCCGUCUCCGGUUGUCCAACUCUGAAAAGCCUUGAUACGGCUGAAGUCGAUAACUUGAUCAUUCAAGGCCUUCAGCUCCGAGAAACCAUGUCAAGGGAAAAACUGUGCGAUUGUCACACUGAGGAUAGGGACCGAGCGGAAAGGAUGCUCAAAGAAUCGAUUGCACUUAUCCAGACCCACCAAGACAUGCUGUCCCGAAUGAAAUCACAGUUAAUUGGAUUACUAAACCAGGAAGGCGAAAACUGA